AUGAAAUUAGUUAAACACCUAUAUGAGUUUGCCCAUGAUGUAAAGAAAACGUCUUUAGAGUCAUUAGCUUUGUCGUGGAUACUUGCAAUAUCUGAGCGAAAGCAAUACGAAGGAAUCAACAAUGUAACAAAAAUCAUUCCAAUUCCUUCAAGAUCUAAGAAUGAAAGGAUAAAAAAGAACUUUACUGAAUUAGUGGGAUUGACUGAUGAUGACCUUUCUAAGAUCAAGGGGUAUCCACUGAAGUUAAAGGCUUAA